AUGAACGAGGCGGCCCCUCGAGCCUCCAACGGGUCUGUGUCUGCUUUCCACCGCUUUGUUGACGAAGCCAAUGGCAUCUCUGCCGCCGACAACGUUUCCGUCGUCAGCGAUGCAGUCCCUGAGCUUGUGAAUGGGUCCUCAUCCGGCCUGGACCGCAGUGCCGCAGAUAAUGGCAGCGGCAGCCGCAAUGAUCUCGACGAGACAACGACCGAGCCUCAACAAUCGACUGAUGGUUUUAAUGGUGUUGAUGGCCUCAAGAGCCCAUAUCUCAAGCCUACAGAUGCCGACUCGGUUCACGACCUAGUCUGCAUUGGCUUUGGCCCGGCAAGUCUCGCUAUCGCCGUUGCACUUCACGACGCCAUGGAUGGCAGUAAGUUGGCCAACCCGCCAAAGGUUCUGUUUCUCGAAAAGCAGGCCCAGUUCGCGUGGCAUGCUGGCAUGCUGCUACCGGGUGCCAAGAUGCAAAUCUCGUUCAUCAAGGAUCUCGCCUCGCUCCGGGACCCUCGGUCUCACUUCACGUUCCUCAACUAUCUGCACCAAAAUGGCCGCCUGGUUGAGUUCACGAACCUGGGUACUUUCUUACCAGCGCGUGUCGAGUACGAGGACUAUCUCCGUUGGUGCGCACGACAUUUCGACGACGUCGUUCUGUACCAAAGCGAAGUUGUCUCUGUCUCACCCGUGCAACAGUCUGGCCCUCACAGGCUGUUCAAUGUGGCAUCUCGCAACGCCAAGACUGGCGUGACAACCACUUUCCAAACUCGCAACGUUAUCUUGGCCGUUGGUGGCCAGCCUUCGAUUCCCCAAAUCAUUCCAGCACAGAGCCCUCGUGUCAUUCACUCGUCCCAAUACGCGCAACUGGUGCCCAAGAUACUGAGUGACGCGUCUCGAUCAUACCGUGUGGCCGUGGUAGGCGCUGGUCAGAGCGCAGCUGAGAUUUUCAACAAUGUUCAGAGUCUCUACCCAAACAGUAAGACUUGGAUGAUUAUGAGAUCCGAUUUUCUCAAGCCAAGUGACGACUCGCCAUUCGUCAAUUCCAUUUUCAAUCCAGAGUUCAUCGACACUGUAUAUCCCUUGUCGUCGGCUCACCGCGCAAGCCUUCUUGCCGACGCUCGAGCAACUAACUACGGCGUUGUCCGCCUCGAGCUGAUUGAACAUUUGUACGAGAAGAUGUACCACCAACGGCGAACUCUUGGCACAGACGAAAAGAAGUGGCCACACCGCAUAAUGGGAGGGCGGAGAAUUGUGACGGUUGGCGAGAAGGACGACCAGCUCAGUGUCAAAGUUGCCCUCUGCACAUCGGACGAAGAGACUCAGGAUGGUCCUCUAUUGGGAGAAGAGGUUUUGGACGUGGAUCUCAUCAUCUGUGCGACUGGGUACCAGAGGAAAGCUCACCUGGAAAUGCUCAAGGAUACGUGGUCUCUGUUGCCUGAAGUGGCGAGCGAAAAGAGCGGACCGCCGGCGACGACUAGAGACCAUUGGUUCGUAGACACGGAAACUGCCGACACGACUUCAACCCGUGUUCUUGAGGUUGGCCGAGACUACGGAGUGCGCUUUUCGCCUGGCACUGUAGCUUCAGGUUCUGGCGUAUGGUUGCAAGGUUGCUGCGAAGCCACUCACGGCUUGAGUGAUACCCUCCUUUCUGUUUUAGGAACACGGUCAGGGGAGAUCGUGGAGUCGAUAUUUGGGAAUGCCGCUGAACCAAAGUGGCGGUGA